UUUCCGGGCGGAAGUGAGGCGCUGAGCGGAACGGCCUCUGGUGACAUUUUCUUGGGGGCGGCGCGGACGACUGAAGGGACUUGGUGGUAGAGGCUGCGAAGGCGGCGAGGUUCACUUUGGUCCCGGCAGGGGCUCUGACCGUGACCCUCUGCUCGCUGCCGGGGCUUGUUCCGAGGAGGAGAAGGCGGCGGUGGCCGUCCCGUCCUGAGUCACCGCAGCGGGGAGAGUCCCGGCCGGGGGGUCGGUGCGUGCCCCGACGGGGCGCGCGCGGAGCGAGCGAAGAGGCACGGCGUCGCCGCGGAGCGCAGGUUGCUUUCCUGUUGCAUCUUUGAUAUCAUUUCCUAGACUCUACUCCAUGAUUUAACUUGAAAUUCUGAAAUGAAGAUGGAGGAGGCAGUGGGAAAAGUCGAAGAACUCAUUGAGUCCGAAGCCCCACCAAAAGCAUCUGAACAAGAGACAGCCAAGGAGGAAGAUGGAUCUGUAGAACUGGAAUCUCAAGUUCAGAAAGAUGGUGUAGCGGAUUCUACAGUUAUUUCUUCAAUGCCCUGCUUGUUGAUGGAACUGAGAAGGGACUCUUCUGAGUCUCAGUUAGCAUCCACAGAGAGUGACAAGCCUACAACUGGCCGAGUUUAUGAGAGUGACUCCUCUAAUCACUGCAUGCUUUCUCCUUCCUCUAGUGGUCACCUGGCUGAUUCAGAUACGUUGUCUUCCGCAGAAGAGAAUGAACCCUCUCAGGCAGAAACGGCAGUAGAAGGAGACCCUUCAGGAGUGUCUGGUGCCACAGUUGGGCGCAAGUCUAGGCGGUCCCGAUCUGAAAGUGAAACAUCCACUAUGGCUGCCAAGAAAAACCGGCAAUCCAGUGAUAAACAGAAUGGCCGAGUCGCCAAGGUUAAAGGUCAUCGGAGCCAAAAGCACAAGGAGAGGAUCAGGCUACUGAGGCAGAAACGGGAGGCUGCUGCAAGGAAGAAAUAUAACCUGCUGCAGGACAGUAGUACCAGUGAUAGUGACCUGACUUGUGACUCAAGCACGAGCUCAUCAGAUGAUGAUGAAGAGGUUUCAGGGAGCAGCAAGACAAUCACUGCAGAGAUACCAGAUGGACCUCCAGUUGUAGCUCAUUAUGAUAUGUCUGACACCAACUCUGACCCAGAAGUGGUAAAUGUGGACAAUUUAUUGGCGGCUGCAGUAGUUCAAGAGCACAAUAAUUCUGUAGGCGGCCAGGACACAGGAGCUACCUGGAGGACCAGCGGGCUUCUAGAGGAGCUGAAUGCAGAGGCAGGUCAUUUGGAUCCAGGAUUCCUAGCAAGUGACAAAACAUCUGCUGGCAAUGCGCCACUCAAUGAAGAAAUUAACAUUGCCUCUUCAGAUAGUGAAGUAGAGAUUGUGGGAGUUCAGGAACAUGCAAGGUGUGUUCAUCCUCGAGGUGGUGUGAUUCAGAGUGUUUCUUCAUGGAAGCAUGGCUCGGGCACGCAGUAUGUUAGCACCAGGCAAACACAGUCAUGGACUGCUGUGACUCCCCAGCAGACUUGGGCUUCACCAGCAGAAGUUGUUGACCUUACCUUGGAUGAGGAUAGCAGGCGUAAAUACCUACUGUAAUACAAUGUCACUGUGUUUCCUCUGCACUGUUCCCUUCCACUUCCUCAUCCUCUUUGUGACAUGGAAGUUCAUUGUCAUAGCUUCAGCUUCAGAAGCUGUUUGUGGCAUUUGUAGGAUUCAAACUCAUGGAAAAUUCCCUCCUUUCCUCUUUUUUUUAAUUAAAAGAAGUCACUUAGGAAAAUAACUUAUCACAGAGAAAAGAAUUUCUUCUUUCCCUCAGUAGGAAUAUAGAAUGAUGAAUUUUAUUAGACAACUUUAUUUUACUUGGUGACUUUUAAUCUUAGGAAACUCUGCCUUCCUUUUAGAAUAAUAUUUUAAUUGCCAGGCAACAUGGGUUUCAGUUUUUGAAUCUUGUAUUUAUUUUUCUGUAUAAUGAAAUUAAUAUCUAGACUUGACCACUAUCUGCCCACCCCAUUGGCACUCCCAUCUUAGGGCAUUCGCACACAUAUCAGUCAGGUCCUUAUUGGCACCUAGUAGGGCAUGUGCAUUGAAAAACUUGUCCUUAAAAAUAGAAGACAGAAGUAUUAAAAUUAUAUUUUCUUUUAUUUUAAGUCUUCUGCCUUCUUUCUUGAGUUUGCUCCUGUUGACUUCCCUCAGCACAGAUAAUUGACAUGUCCCUUUGUGUUUAUAAAUACUACUAAGGUGACCUAGUUGGUCUCCUUGUUGCAAUAAUUAAUAACUCUUUGCAAAAUGUCUCCUUUGAGACAGAGGCAUUUCAGAUAGAUACCCACCAUGAGGUUUUCUGGGCAUCUGAAGGUAUUAAGAGUUCAGUAGGAAAAAUCUCUCUCCCUCGGCUUUUUUUCUGGUUUAUCAAAUAACAGGUGAACAUAGAAACCUGUUGGGAAGAAUAUGAAAAGUUAUGUGGCCUCUGAGGCUACAGGCACUUGCAAAUCUGAGAGGAAAGUGCCGUCUUUCAUAGCCGGUCUCUAUAUAAAGAGUAUGUAGCAACAACUGUUUAACAUCCGAGAUGAAGUGGACCUGAUGCUGUAUUUGGGUAUUUUUCUCCUCUACCUUCUAAAAAAAAUACCAUAAGAAGAAUCAGAAUGUACCAUAAGAGAUCAGAUGCAAAGCACGUUAAUGUCAUUGGUAAGUUUUACAGAAUCUAAAAGGAUUAGCAAAGGUUAGUAGGAGCUUCAGGGAAUUCAGGAAAUGCCAGCAUUGGAAUUUUGUGGCAUUAGUUACUACCUUCUUUCUUAUAUUAUGUUGUAGUUACUAGUGAAUUCUUUUAAAAGCAAUACCUAGAGUUAGAACACUAUGUAUUCUGCACAGGGGGAGUGAAGUAAUAUUGGCUUAGAAGACUUCACCUUUUGUUUUUCAUGGUUUUUGUUUUUUCUUUGUUUUUGUUUUUGUUUCCAUUGUUACCGUUGCUAUGGCCCUUUGCCUCUCUCUCCAAAUCCCCUGGUGGCUCUUCUUAUCAUAAGAGUAUGAGAACUACCAUUUUCAGUUUUCAUUCAGCAAACAAAUUUACCAAGUGCCUGCUCUGCAUAAGGCACUGUGAGGGUUGGGUGCUCUGGGGGCUGCUGAGAUGAAUGACACACACCCCACAUACACAUGCAUCAGCGUCUGCCUGCCUCCACCUGCCCGGCCUGUUCUUCUUCUUCUUCUUCAUCUUCUUUUUUUUUGUAAAGACAAGUUUAUUCCUUUACCCUUCUUGUUGCAUUAGUUCUCCUGUAUAUUUCUUCUUCCACAGGAAUGUAUUUGUGCAUAUGUUCUUUGAUCUUCUCUGAUAGCAUCUCAUUUGAUCUGGCCUCUGUCCAUCAGCUUUUAUUUUUUUAUUUUUAUUUUCUGCUUUUAUUAGAUCAAGCUUUUAAGAUCAUGAACCUCCAGUUUUAGCAACUCAUAUAUCAGUCUCUCACGUGGCCACAAUUCUAGACAAAAACCAAAGACCCAGAGGCCAGAGCAAAGUAGGACCUUCUGAAGACUCACUACUGGUGUAUCCUUGGACCUUCACAUUUUACUUUAGGAUUAAUUUAUUGAAUUUUACUGUUACACAUAGUUUUUGACUUGAAUUAAAAUACUAGACAAAGCAGAAAUGUACAAUUUCUGGUCUGUGUUUUCCGGGAAAAUCAUAGAGAAUAGAGUGGAUUAUGUGACUUGAAGUUUUUGCAGCUUAUUUUUUUCCCCCACUAUCAGGGCAGAGGCCCAUUUUAAUGAAUGUUUUUGCAUGACCUGUUCUUACGUUAACCACGUAUUUUUUUUUUUUCCCAAUUCCACACAGCAGGUGAUUUCCCGUGACAUAUUUUCUUCAUAGUCCCUAAUAUAGUCAUCCUCUACAGAGUUGGCGUGCUGUGUGCACUGUGGAUUAGGAACAGAGUGGAGCUGUAACCAGUCUCUUCUCUGGCCAUUUGCGUUUAUCUCAGCGUGCACUUUUCCCUCACUUAUUCCUAGUCCAGCUCCCAACUGCCUGACUUAAUGGACCAGAACAGAGAUUUGGAUAUUAAGAUGCAGAGGGAGAGGGGAAGGGAUGGUAGAGAUAGACAGCUCUCCCCUACUAGGUUGGGACACUUCCCCUAAUAACUAUAGAGAGACUGUGUUUCAACUCUUUUCAUUGCUGUUUCCAGAAGAGUGGAGAGUGUGGUUUCAGGCAAGGUAUUAAUGAUACAAUUCCGUGGUAUACAACUCCUGUGACAUUUGAAGUUUCUUUUAAAGGGAUUUUUCUUAAUCAAAGUUUUACAUUUGGUAGCAUAAGUAGUUCUUUAUGCUUCACAGGACAUUGUCUUCAGAUUAAUCUCUCUGCUAAAAUGGUACACGUGGGUCACAAAUUGGUUUAUGCCACUGACUUGGUUAAGUUUCCAUCCCCUCCAAUUUGUGAAAAACAGAGCAGUGACCUAGCUGUUGCAUCAUCAUGACUGCCGUAUAACCUGUAAUUGCUGCUCUCCAGUAAUUGUCUUUUCAUUUUAAUGGUAGGGGCCAGACUGAAUGAAUAAUGCAUUCUUUUUUAUUCAAUUUAUUUCAUUCAGUUUAUUCUUGGCAAUCAAACAUCCCAUAAACUUCGCUUUUAUUAUCAAUUAUGAAUAUGAAUAGUCUGGUUUACUAAUUUAGUCAUUUGUUCAUCUUUACUUUUAGCAGAUUAGCACCAUAACUAACUUAAAAAUAAGUUUGUUACCUGCUUUUUAUACUGUCACAAAGGUUUUUGAAAAAGCUGGGGACACUAUUUUGUCUUUUAGUUUUAAACUUUUUUUAAGGCAAAGCAAGCUCCCCAAUCCCUGUUCUCCAAUAUGUGUAUGAUGUGACUUCCAUGUAGAUAUAAAAAUGAUUGUGCCCUAACCAAACUUCCUCAGAUUGUGCACUGUUUGUUUAAAAUAAUCACGUAUUUUAGUCUGAUGCUGUUGUAUUUUUUCAUUUUAUUUAAAACACUACUUACUUCUUAUUCUCUUAACAAAUUUUAAAAGGUAGUGAUCUUAAAAAAAAAAUCACUGGAUAACUAGGAAAUAUUUUUGUUGUUGUUUUGUUUUUUAAAGAGUACAGAGGCCAUUGAAGCCUUUUGCUCCUCUUACCGUGAAAAUGAAAUGUUAGCCAUUGUAUGGCUAGGAACCAAUGCACUUGGCAGUUAAUGGAUCUGCUGUUGCUGGAGUGUGAGCGUGGACUUGAUGCAGUGACGACAAAUCAUUGCUUAGAAUUAAUGUUUUCAAAUGUGCAACUCUAGUUUUUAAAACAAAAUUUGGUUCUUUACAUUCAUUAUUUCGUUUUUGUUUCCCUUUAGUAUUUAAUGGUCUUUGGAGAAAAAAUAAUAAAACAGAGUGUUAUAUAUAUAUUUUUUGGUGCAAGAUAAGAUUUUCUGUUUUUUGAAAUAAGUCUGUAGCAUAAAGGUUAAACUAUUUUAAGACAAUAAAAUAGAGUGUAUUUAAACAA